ACAGCCUCAGCGAAAGGAAAACAAGCACGUCACACAAAUCAUCUGCCGAUGAUACACUGCCCGCGCAGGCGACCCUACUCCCGCAGCAUACCUGUAGCUAGCCCUCGUUCCCUGUCAGCAUGUGAUGAAGGCACAGAGUCUCCACCCACUGGCCCCGGUGUGCACCAUAGUAACAGAGCACGCCGUGAUCUAGCUGCCACAGGCCGCAGCGAUGUGGAGAAGGGGCGGACCUCCAUGUGUGGAGGGCUUCAGUGCAUAGUUGUUUUCCUUUCAGAAGCUUGGUCCUUUGAGGUUACUGGGAACAGAUGGAACUGAAUCAAUCACUGCCUUAGGCAUUCAGCACAGAGUAGUGAUUCUAGAAGAAGAUCACUUAACCAGAGAGCGAAAAUGAGUGCCUCACCUCGACUAAAUGGGGUGUCAAAACCCAACGCCAAAUCUAUAUAUGAACAAAGGAAGAAAUACUCAAAUGUCAUCAUGGCUGAUGUGUCACAAUACCAAGUCAAUCAUUUGGUGACUUUUACAAUUGAUGAAGAAGAUGAUGUCCACACAGUGGAAGAUGCAAUUCGCAAACUCAACGUAAUGGAUACCAAAGGUAGAAUCUGGAUCCAGGAAAUGGUUCUGCAAGUCAACAGUUCUAGUGUUAAACUUCUAGAUGUGGAAUCCAAGGAAGAGCUGGAAGUAUUUCCUAUCUCUGCCAUCCAACGUUGUGAUACUUUUCUCCCAGAAAACAGACAUCGAUCUUUGCUGGUGUUAGUAUGCCAGGAAAGAUACCAACCAAAAGCUGAUGUUCACUUCUUUCAGUGUGAUGGUAUUGGGGUGGAGUUGAUUUGUGAAGAUAUAAAUAGUGCCGUGUCUGAUUCCAAAACCGGAGAUAAUGCAAAGAGACCUGCAGCCCUACGGAACACCCAGGAGAUGAUAAGUCAGCAAAGCACUAGUAGCUCCAAUUCCUUCAAGCCUCCGAGGCAAUGGAAACAACCCCAGACACAUUACGUCAGCCCAGCAGAGAUCCUAGAGCGAGAAUCCCAGCGUAGAUCUACGAAACCUGCAAACUCAUCACUGAACCCUCAAGUCCAUGUCAUUCCAAUUCCACAGAUGCAACAAUCAACCAGUUCUUCCCAGGAUGCAAUUUACAGUCAAGUGACACGACCUGAGAAGAACUUACAAAUCCCACAGAAUUCUGGAAGUCCAGAAAUGCAACAAAAAAGCAGCAUGGGUGGACAGACAGCUGUUGAUGGGGAGACCAAAGACCCAAUGGCCAUUAGAGCUGGACGAGAAGUGGAUCUUCUGAAUCACUGUUUUGAUGACAUUGAGUACUUUAUGGGAAAUCUUCAAAAGUCUGCAGAAGCUUUUAAAGUUCUCAAUCAAAGGAAAAAGUCAAGAAGAAGCAAGAAACCAGAAGUUGGAGAGGGACUGCUGACUCUCCGUGCCAAACCACCAAAAUUAGAAGAAUAUGAAGAAGCUGCACGGAAAUUCAAAUACUGCUUCUGUCUACUGGCAAGGCUUCGAAAUAACAUAAUGAAUCCCAGUUCGGUUGAGCUUGUUCACUUCUUAUUUGGACCACUUAAAACUUUGGUGGACAGUUCCGGAGGUGUGGACAUGGUUGCUGAAAUCAAAAGUCCAAUGUUAACCAAAGAAGCUGUUACUCUGCUGUCAGAGUGUUUAGAUGAGAAAGAACAAGAAUUAUGGAAUUCUUUGGGACCAAACUGGACCAAACCAAGACUGGAGUUCCCACGAGACUACUCCGAGCCAUACUUUCCCACAUUUACAAACAGAUGGGUACCCACUAAUGGUGAUGGAAAACCCUGGGAAGAUCCUGUGGAGCUUCAGCAUCGUCAUGAAGAAUUAAGGUCACAGCAAUCGACUCCUCAAGUCCAUCAGCCACCACCGCCUCCAACUCUGAAUGGCCACCAAGAAACAGACAGCAAAUGUGUGAGCUGCACAUAUGAUUUUGUUGCCAGAAACAGCAGCGAGUUGUCAGUAUUACAUGGAGAAAUAUUGGAGGUUUUGGACGAUUCAAAGAAAUGGUGGAAGGUGCAAAAUCGAUUUGGACAGAUUGGUUAUGUACCAUAUAAUAUACUUGCUCCAGUCACAGCAGAAGAACUAAACAAAGCCAAACAAAAUGGAGUCCCACCCGGAAGCCCUGAAAAGAAGUCACAACCACCGACUCCACCCAAGAAGCCAUCAAAGUCUAGUCUUAUCAACGCAGCGCAGUGGGAUACAGUGGACAACCAACAUCCGGAACAGACUAUAACCCAACAAGACAAAUUUGACAGAAUAAACAGCAUGAAUGAAGAAUUGCUGAUCAGACUGGCAAAUGGUCGGACAGCACCACAGAAGAACCUAAAUAUCCAGAAGAUGUCAGAUACAUCUAUUCCACUUACUGAUGAAUCCAGUCCCUCAGAGGUCACCGAUUGGCUCCAGGCCAAGGGCUUUAACGCACUGACUGUAAAAUCACUCGGGGUGUUGAACGGAGCUCAGUUAUUUUCUCUCAGAAAAGAUGAGUUUAGAGCUGUGAGUCCUGAUGAAGGCGCUCGAGUAUACAGCCAGGUCAUGGUACAAAAGGCUCUUCUUGAGGACUCUAAAAAGAUUACAGAGCUGGAGGCUGUGAUGGAGAGACAGAAGAAAAAGGUGGACAGUGAACUUGAGAAAGGCAGCCUUUGAAGGGAUUCAUUGGGCUACUUUGACUUUAAACAGAUGCUAUUUAAUGUCUUCCAAAGAAUAUAUAUAAAUAUAUAUAUAACCUAUAUGAACUAGGAAUGUACUAAAGACGCCUCCAGCUUCAUCUGCUGGAGAACUUAUGUUUAUGGAGCUACUGAAGAAAGGAAUCUUGGAAUGUAACAGGAUAUAUCGGUCAAUGCCUUAUAAUCGAUGAGAUGGGAAGUUUUGCAAGAGCCUUAUGUCCGCACUCCAGGAAUGAAGAAUUUUUAUAAUGCACAAAAUAUUGGUGACCACUUCUGCCCUCUUCUAUUCUUCUGUGGCUUGGUUAUGGUCAGGAAUACAGUGUUCUACUUUAUCCUUUAAGGAUUUGUGAUUUAGCUUUAAAGGGUACCUCUCAUCAAAAAAACUUUUGAUAUAUAAUAGAUUAAUGUAUGCAGAAUAACUUUACAAUUGCAUGUUAUUAAAAAAUAUGCUUCUUUCUAUUUAAUUUUCCACUUUGAAGAAAUGACCACUAGGGGUCUCCCUACCAGUCCUGGCAGCAAGCAUUUCAGACUCAUGCUGGAGUCCUAAACACUACGAGCUGCCAGUCUGCUUUGUUCACAAAGGAGAACACUCAGAGCUGCCAGCCUGCUUUGUUCACAGCCUGUUUGGCUGUGAACAAAGCAGGCUGGCAGCUCUGAGUGUUUAGGACUCCAGCAUGAGUCAGAAAUGCUUGCCGACAGGACUGAUCGGGAAAAAUACAAUAGAAAGAAGCAUAUUUUUCGUUAACAUGCUAUUGGAAAGUUAUUCAACAUUCAUUAAUCUAAAAUAUAUCAAAAAUGUAUUUGAUGAGAGGUACCCUUUAAUGCUACCAGUUUAUUGAUGUUACUAAUCUUUCAUCUAUUGUUCUGCAAAACUGGGAAAAAAAUUAAUCUAUUUUGAAAUAUUGCUGUUUUUUGCCAACUUUUUAAAAUUCUGUAUUUUAUAUGUAGAUGGCUAAGGGCAAAUUGCCUGUACGGGUAUUAUAAGAAAGCAUGUAAGCUGCAUUGUAUGUAUGAACUCGGGAACAGUGAUUACAAGCAAAGUAUCAACUGUGACUGUAUUUUCUUCUUACAGAUGGGGAAAUAAAUUUAUGUAUGUGUAGAUAUAUACUUAAAGGAGUAGUCCAGUGGUGACUCAGUG